CCCCCGUCCCAGAGGCUAGGGGGUUAUCCAAAGGCCCCACAUCCACAAACUCAGAUGCAUAGCAUGUGCUGAUUAGGGGCCCUGAUUCUGCCCAGAUUUCUGGGUACGUGAGUGAUACCGCUGGACUCAACAGGGCUGUUCAGGCGCGUGCGUUAAGCACAUGCAUAAAUCUGCAGAUCAGGCUUGUAGCUAGCAAAUAAGAUAUACUGCAAAACAGCAUAUGCAGAGGGGGAGGCGGGUGGAACAUGCCUGGCAUCUCAUGCCGUACUCCUCCUGGACAUAAAUCACUGAAAAAUAGAUGUAGCUUAGCACUAGGUUGUGCAUUCUCCAAGGUUUGGAGAGUCCUGAAUGGUCUCCCAGGUUUCAGAGUGUCUUUUGGACCCUGAAUUCUUCUGAAUUCCCUUGUCCACUUCCUCUACCCCCUUCUGGUUUCGUAGCCAGGGGUUAGCUUCAGAUUUUCACCAUCUGGCUCUCAUUGUAAAAGAAAGAGGAGCCAACUGGAAGUGAAACAAUUUCUUCCUAUAAAGUCUGGAGUGGGUUUGGACACCUUCCUUUAUUUAAAUGACCAACAAUGACUCCUCUGGAAAGAGAAAUGCUGGGAGCUUGUAACCUUCCAUCGUGCUACAGUCCUGCAUCCAGGCUGUUCAGCCCGGAUUCGAGGGGUGUGAGGAUCAUUCACUAGACAUGCCUUGGGUGUCCUCCGGGAGCUCUCGAUUGGGAUCUCUCGUGGCCGUGAGAGUCUUUCCGCUGCUGUGCUACAAUUGUGAGACCAGUAACUGGAGAAGGUUUAGGUGUAGAUAAGAGCCCACAAUGUCACAGUGGUGGUGACACAGUCGCUCUGUGUCAUAUGAGUACAGGUGGAUUGUAAAACAUAAAUGUCAGUCUUGUGCUGGUGAGCCGCAGGAUGCCGGUUUCUCUGGACAUUCACGGGUGAGGGUGAUGGGUGAGGGUUGUGUUUGGGCUCCACAAAUGGGCCAGUCCUUGGGGGUGCCUGCCACUAUCAGCAGAGGUGAUUUUAAGCACAUGGUUAUGAGCUUUAGGGUAUCAGAACUGCAGGUUCUCUUGGGCUUUGCUGGCAGGAACAAGAGUGGAAGGAAGCACGAGCUGCUCGCGAAGGCGUUACAGCUGCUGAAGUCUGGCUGCAGCCCAGCUGUUCAAAUGAAAAUCAAGGAGCUGUACCGGCGAAGGUUCCCCAGGAAGAUCUUAACCCCGUCAGAUUUAUCCAUGCUCCAUAUGCAGACGGGGCAGCUGCCUUCUGCCACCACACUGACUCAGGGCACCGUGUGCCACCUGCCCUACGAUAAUGGUUCGGCAGCUUCUGCAGUGCCGACAGCGAUGCUGCCUCCAGUGCCUAUGCUGGGACCCAAACACGAGACAGAUGUUCAGCACUUAUCUCCACCCAUCCACCCGGUCCAUCCAGAUGUCAAAAUGAAGAGACUGCCCUUCUACGAUGUGUAUGAUGAGCUGAUUAAACCCACCACGCUAGCGUCUACAAACAGCCAACGGUUCGAAGAGGCUCACUUCACCUUCGCGCUAACGCCGCAGCAAGUGCAGCAGAUCCUCACCUCUAGAGAUAUGUUACCAGGUGCCAAAUGUGAUUACACUGUACAGGUACAGCUAAGGUUUUGCUUGUGUGAAACCAGCUGUCCCCAAGAAGAUUAUUUCCCUCCUAAUUUAUUUGUCAAGGUCAAUGGAAAACUCUGCCCCUUACCUGGCUACCUGCCUCCCACAAAAAAUGGCGCAGAGCCAAAACGGCCGAGCCGUCCCAUCAACAUCACUCCUCUGGUGCGGCUGUCAGCGACUGUCCCCAAUACGAUUGUAGUGAACUGGUCCUCCGAGUUUGGCCGGAACUACUCUCUGUCAGUUUACCUGGUGAAGCAGUUGACUUCAGUUACCCUGCUACAGAAGCUGAGAGCCAAGGGUAUCCGCAACCCAGACCACUCCCGAGCCCUGAUCAAAGAAAAAUUAACAGCGGAUCCUGACAGCGAGAUAGCCACGACAAGCCUGCGAGUGUCCCUUAUGUGCCCGCUGGGGAAGAUGAGGCUAAUCGUGCCCUGCCGAGCUAUUACUUGCACCCACCUCCAGUGCUUUGAUGCAGCGCUCUAUCUCCAGAUGAACGAGAAGAAACCCACAUGGACCUGCCCUGUGUGUGAUAAGAAAGCCCCCUAUGACAACCUGAUCAUUGAUGGGCUGUUCAUGGAUAUCCUCAAUUCAUGCACAGACUGUGAUGAGAUUCAGUUCAUGGAAGAUGGCUCCUGGUGUCCCAUGAAGCCCAAGAAAGAGAACCAGGAGGUGUGCCAGACAGCAGCAUUCAAUGGGAUUGACGCCAGUGCCCUUUACACGGUGAGCACAGAGGGGAAGACCUCAGAAGGCAAGAAGAAAGUGGAGGUCAUUGAUCUCACACUGGACAGCUCGUCAGAUGAAGACGAGCCUCCUUCUAAGAAGCAGUGCCCUGUCACCACGGUGGCUAUCCCGUCCACCACAGGACCCAAGGGGGUGCUAAGCGUUGACCACCAGCCCUCCUCUGUCCUUCGAAGUCCUUCCAUGACAGCUAUCGGCAGCGACUAUCUCUCCAGCCUUCCUAUCCCCGAAUACCAUCCUUCAUACCAGGUGCCAUCAGAGAUCCAAGGUCUGGAUUUGUUUUCCUUCCUUCAGAGUGAAAAUCAGCAUUACAGCCCUUCCGUGAUCACCUCCCUGGAUGAGCAGGACACCCUCAGCCAUUUCUUCCAGUACCGAGGCACGUCCACCCAUUUCAUGAACCCCCUGGCCCCCGUGAUGGCAGGAUCCCACAGCGCCGUCAGCCCCGCCAGCAGCCGCAUCAGCAGCAUCGUCUCCACGAGCGCCAUGCGGGACAGCCACGGACGAAGUGGGGCGAUAAGUAGCAGCGCAGCUCUGCCAGGCUGCCGCUCAGACAUCAUUUCCUUAGACUGACCCACUCCUGGUGCUGUUUGGUGCAUUGUUCUCCCUCUACCUGGGGACGGGAGACCAAGGCACGUCUGCUCUCUUGAGCGGGUGCUCGGCUGGGACUGGAAGGACCCAACCAGUAACAACUGGGUUAAAUUUCCUUCUUGAUCGAGACAACCCUCCCUUCACAGCCAGCUCCAUGGUGACUUCCAGCCGUACCUCCAGGAAUCCUCAUUUUCCAAGGGUUCAGUAUCAACCCCUCACCUCCCAGAUGUGUUUUUGUAGGGUUCUGGGGCCGCUGUGUGCAAACACCACCACCCCUGUGGCCAGUAGGUGCACAGCAGUCAUUUCCCCGGGCCUUUCCUCCCUGUGUGAAUGUCUCCUCCUUCCCUUGCACCAGGCCCCAUGCAGUGGUAGCCAUCAUUGCCCUGCUGGAGGGGAUUGCAGAGAAGAGCUGGUAGAGAGGUGAGGAGGGCCAG